GUGUGAGUUGCAAGGAGGGCAACAUGCAAUUGCUUAAGAAAUCGAAGUGGCUUUUGUGAUUCUCUCCUGCUUUAAAUGCUGUUCAUUAUUAUGGAUGCCUUACUGCGUGUGGCAUGAAAAAAAAAAAAAUAGAUAACACCUGCUUGGAGCGAGUCAAAAGGAAGAUCGGAUACUGACGUAUGUGAAAGCGUGCAAACAGCUACAAGCAUUGUAUCUGCCAACCCUGCUUAGUUCCUGACUGUAUACUCUGCUCUCUGCAUCUUCUCGGUAGAUUGGACCUAUAGUUCCUCCAACAUGGCUACCAAGUCCCCUCCCCCUUUGAUGAAGAAGCACAGUCAGACUGACCUCGUUAGCCGAUUGAAGACACGCAAGAUACUUGGCGUGGGAGGUGAAGAUGAUGAUGGAGAGGUUCACCGGUCAAAGAUCAGUCAAGUUUUAGGAAAUGAAAUAAAAUUUGCAGUUCGAGAACCCCUGGGUUUGAGGUUAUGGCAGCUUCUUUCGGCUGUUAUGUUCACCGGGAUUGCAGUCAUGGCUCUAACUUUCCCCGAUCAGCUGUACGAAGCGGUUUUUGAUGGAGGUACAGUGAGCAGCAAAACGUCGACGCGUCUAUACGGAGGGGCCCUAUUCAGUAUCUCUCUGAUCAUAUGGAAUUCCAUGUAUACAUCUGAGAAGGUAAUCAUCCGAUGGACACUUCUGACUGAAGCCUGCUACUUCAGCAUCCAACUCAUUGUGACCACCGUGACUUUGAUAGAGAAUGGAACGUCUUCCAUUGCGGCUGCUGUCCUUGUCUGCAGUUGCCUCCUCUUUGUACUUGUCAGUGCGUACUUUUAUUACCAAGUUGGCCGACGGCAAAAGAAGCUCUGAACUGUUGCUCUGGUGCCGUUUACAUCAUUAUCUUCCAGACACCUCACACAUUGAUCUGUGCGUGUGUUGAGACCGUUUAAAUACGCUCACUGACUGCUGGGAACGGCAGCCUCCUUGGUUUUUGGGAUUAUUUUCCUUAUACUCUCAAGAGGGCGCUGCUGAGCAAAAUGAAGAUUGAGACUCUUUCUGACGUGGGUUCCUGAAGCACACAGCAUGCAGAAGUAUCAACCAUUCCUUUGUGCACCUACGUUUUUUUUGUGUGUAUGCACCUGUGUUAACUCCCCAUAGUUUCCAGCUUGCCUGGCACUAGUCUCCUCGGACAGAGGUAUUUGAAACUGCAAUUCUAAACCAGUUUCCCAAGGAACCUUGUAAAAUUUUAUAUUUUUUUUCCUUUUCCACAUCAUUCUGCAAUUCCCCAACGCGUUUUGCGUAUUCUUUAUAUUAUUGUAAAUGAAUGCCAUUUUGUGUAUGCCCUGCUUGUCCUGAGUUUUGAACGCUGCUUUAAUGUUCUACUACUAUUUAUUGUAAUGUUCUGUAUUUUGGAAACAAAAGGAAAAAAAAAACAAAGCUUAACACUUUGACUGCCAAAGCUGUGCCUUGUUGUAUAUCCAUCUGACAAUCAAAGUGUUAAAUAUUUCACAAAAGGUCGAAAGUUAAUAAAA